GUGACAUUCACUGCUAGUGAUAGCCAGCUGCGUUUCAUCGCGUUUCAUGUAGUUUCAAGAUGGAGAGAAAACAAUGUGAUUACUGCCCUUGCGCAAAAGGACUAUAAGUAAACGCAACUUGGAUCAUCGGUGAUUUUGCUGAUUCUGCAUAAGGUCGACAAGAACGGAAAACGUGUAAUGGCGAAAUCUGUGUUGAGUUCGGACACACUGCCAAAGGCUGGUCGUGUAAAUGAAGUAUGCCGUGAAUGGUUGGUACAUGAAGACGGAGCAUUGGCUUAUCGGCUACAAGAUGAAGAAAUUAAGGAACAUUAUACUGGCAACAAAACACGUAAUGCACAGGUGAGAGAAGAUGUGCCACGAGCCAAAGUUGAACAGGAAUUGGAAGCGCUAAGAUAUCAAACUUAUGUUCAACAGCAGGAAGAGAGAGAUGCGGUUGUUGCGAGACAGAUUGCACUUACUUUGGAACGAGAGGAGAAGCAGAGAGAGCGUGAAUUGCAAGAAAUGAUGAGAUUACAAUUAAGAUUGGGAGAUGAAGCUAUGCAAUAUGAGUUUGAAAGACGAAUGCAAGAAGAAAAAGAUAAGGAACUGGCAAAAAAGCUACAACAAGAAGAAGAAAAUCACGACGAUCCGGAAGACGAGCAAUUUAUAUUGGAUCAAAAAUUAGCGAUGGAAGCGCAGGAUGCUGAAUUGGCACGAAUGCUUCAGGACAAGGAGCGUGCAAAGGCUCGUAAAGCACGAGAAAGAGCGAGGCAGAAGAAACUAGAGCGAGAGCGUCUGCAGCAACAGCAGCAGCAGCAGCAGCAGCAACAGGUAGAUGAACAAGAUCUUACAGAACGACCUCAAAGACCAGACAGGUUGGACUUGAAAACUCCAUCAAAUAAGAAUCGAACCCGUUAUCCUGCCAAUUAUUCUCAAUAUUCAGAUCUUGAAGAAAUUCAUACACUAGACAGUCCCGAUAAUGUGCGAGAAGUAGAAAAUGUCGCAACCAUUAUCGAUCCUACUUACAAUGUGCAUAGAGGUACUUUUUCGAGCAGCUCGAGCAGCACAAUAAGUCCCACUUAUGUUUUACCGCCGCCACCACAAGAACUAAUGACAGAUGAUAUACCGUGUUACAUGCCGAUUCAAGGCCAACGGCGAAAUCAGGUUCAAUCACCAGCUAAUGUGCAGGAGGAGAAACAUAAGCGGCGAGUUAAAGAUGGGUGUAAACAUCAGUAAGAAAUAUAAAAUUGA